UAGUACCUGCUUUCCUUUUAAGCUCUUUUUCAGUGUGCGAGAGGAUGGGCGCCUAAAAGAAAACAAUAGUCCAGCUCACAGACCUUUCGGCGGAGAUACCGAAAGACAUCCUUGCGUGUGUGCGGCUAGAUUCGAACCUAAGACCAACGUCACCAUCAGACAGCAGAGUAAUACAAUUUGUGGACGGCAGCUCACGAGCUGGGAACACUAGAGACCAAAACCCUCUUGUAGAAACCGCCAUAAAUGGCUUUACAUAUCCACAAAAUGGCCCUGUCAAGAAACCCUAACUGGCAAAGCUGAAAUCCGAAUGGCUUGGUAGGUCACAGAAUCUAUCGAGAUGGAGAUUCUGCGAUGGGCUUUCUUGUUCGGGAUUGAACACAGGACCGUCAGGCUUUUCGCGGCCGCUAUCGCGGGGCUGUGCGUGGUGGCCUUUCUGGUGGCCCUGUGCGCCAAGGCAGUGGUAAGUAACAGGGAGGUCGCGAGUUCGAGCCCCAGUGGCAGAUGGAAGGCCAUGCGGAGCAAAAUGUUGAGCGCCGUCAGAAAGGGAGGGUUUCGAAGAAGUGUGAAGGAUGACGAAGGGGAGAUUUCGUUUCUGGGCGAGACAGAGGAAGGAAGGAGGAUUUCUGUUGCCACACCGCCGCCUUUGUGGCAGAAGAAGAUUAUUAUGGGCGAGCGCUGUGAGCUUCCUACCUUCAGCGGCCUCAUUCUUUACGAUGAGAAGGGAAAUGCUCUUCCUCAUGCCAGUAGAAAGACUACGGAUUUCCGUUAACUGACGGCUGCUGGUGCGCCGAAUCACUGUGCAGCUAGGGUUUUGGAACUAUUUGUGUAUUUUAUUAGCCUGUAUUUUUCGCCUAGAAGCAGAGUCCCUCGACGCUCAUGUAUGUUUAACUUUAUCUUUAUGUAAUUUAUGUAUCUUUUCAGAGCAUCGAAUCUGGAGAUAUUUAGAAAAUACUGGUGUUAUAGGGAGCUAUGAAAUGAAUAAUUCAGCAGACUGGAAUACAUUUAUUAGGUUCUUGUAACAGUUUCUUAUUGUCUCUGAACAAUAAGAAAAGGAUUUUAGAGUUCCUGACUAGUUCCAUGAAGCUUCAAAGCCCCACAACAUGAGCUUGAUCGAAGAUGCAAACUCAGAUUUAUCAUUUUUCUGGUUUUAUAUCUGAAAUUAUUUCUCAAAAGCAGUCUUUUUUUUCCUGUAUACCCUUCUAGAAUAGAAUUUGAUGGAAAUCAGAAAUCAGAUUUUCAGAGAGUUGGGUUAGCUUUUUUAUAAGCCUGCACUUUAUAGGUUAAUUGGAUGAUCAGAUAAUUUAUAAGCAUUGAAAGCUUCUGGGUAUAACUGUAUAUAUAUUUUUUAAUGUAUAUUUUUGAAUCAA